AUUUCAUAAGCAAGUCAAAACGGGCGUGCACUUGCUUCGUGUUCUACUUUUUAAAAAUAGGUCUCCUUCGCAGACGACAAAAUCGCCUGGCUACAUGUAUCCAGAUGUCAACAUUCCAAUACGAUAGCCUCGUUAUCGUCGAUAGAGCCAUCUAAACAACACGCCUGUGUGUUACAGCUCCCUAGAACAGCUGAUAUACCACAACACACUGUCACGAGCACAUGACGUCCUGUCGUGACCUAGAUUUGACACCCCGAUUUGACGACUGUGACACACGUACAGCUGAUUACGUACCGUGUAAAUCAGGAAAACCGCACAGGAUGUAAACCGUCGUCAGGACUUUCAUUCAUUAACCUGGAAUCAUGACGCUCAUCAGAAGGAUUGCUUCUCGGCUGGUCAGGAAAAAGAUCCUGUCCGAUGCCGAUAUUGAAGAGUCGAGUCUAAACAGAUGUCUGACGACAGUAGACUUGAUAGGAUUAGGUAUUGGAAGCACCCUGGGAGCUGGGCUGUAUGUGGUAGCUGGUCAAGUUGCCCUGGAGACAGCUGGCCCAGCUGUGACAAUCUCGUUCUUGGUGGCAGCUGUGGCCUCGGCUCUAGCUGGAAUGUGCUAUGCUGAGUUUGCUGCACGUAUACCCAGAGCAGGGUCUGCAUACGUCUACAGCUAUGUGACUGUCGGUGAAUUUAUGGCUUUCAUCAUUGGUUGGAAUCUGGUUCUGGAAUACGUAAUAGGCACUGCCAGUGUAGCAAGAGGCUGGAGUGGUUAUUUCGAUUCCCUGAUAGACAAAAAAAUCUCCAAAUUCUUCAACAGUACUAUGCCAAUGCACAUUGAUGAAUUAUCUGAAUAUCCAGAUUUCUUUGCUCUGGGCAUCACUCUUUUGGUUACUGUUUUGUUGACAUUUGGAGUGAAAGAAUCUGCCAUGAUAAACAACAUUUUCACAUGUGUCAAUCUGCUUGUUGUUGUGUAUGUCACUAUCUGUGGCUUUUUUAAGUUUGAUUGGAAAAACUGGAAUUUAAGUGAAUCUGAAGUGCCAAAAACUGCAGGGACUGGUGGAUUUAUGCCUUUUGGGUUCUCUGGUAUGAUGGCUGGAGCUGCAACAUGUUUUUAUGCCUUUGUUGGCUUUGACUGUGUGGCCACAACAGGUGAGGAAAGUAAGAACCCUCAGCGUGCCAUCCCUAUUGGGAUUAUUGUGUCUCUCCUUAUCAUCUUCCUGUCAUACUUCAGUGUGUCAGCCAUUCUUACACUCAUGUGUCCCUAUUUCCUGCUGGACAAGGAUGCUGCACUUCCUGCAGUCUUUGAUAGAGUUGGGUGGGGAGUGGCCAGGUACAUCAUAACAGUAGGAGCUGUUUGUGGAUUAUCUACCAGUCUUUUGGGUGGCAUGUUCCCUUUACCCAGGGUCCUCUAUGCAAUGGCAGGGGAUGGUGUCAUUUUUAAAUUUAUGGGUAAAGUUUCAUCAAGAUUUAAAACACCUGUCAUUGGUACCGCCAUCUCAGGAGUUUUUGCAGGACUAAUGGCUAUGUUGUUCAACUUAAAAGAACUUGUUGAUAUGAUGUCUAUAGGAACAUUGUUGGCCUACACCCUCGUUGGGAUAUCUGUACUUAUUUUAAGGUAUGAAGCAGAUGUUAACCUUCAAGGAAGUAUGAGUGUGACAAAGAUGGAUGAAGCAGAGCGCUUGUCUAUUGUGAGAACUGAGUUUUCUGUCAAGCAGCUGUUGGUACCCAGAACUUCAUCACCAACUAAACUUACAUCUCUUAUAGUUAAAAGCACAGUAGCAUUGUUUUGUUUGUUCAUAACAGCUUUCUCAGCUUUCGUUAUUUAUGCUGCUGAUUAUCUAGAGCAGAAAGAGCCUUGGGCAAUCGCCAUGACAACACUGUUAACUUUACUGCCUGUGUGUUGUUUAGUAGUUAUUCAGAGACAGCCUCAAAGCACAGCCAGUCUUGCCUUUAAGGUUCCAUUUGUUCCUUAUAUACCAGCUAUUAGUGCUUUAGUCAAUAUUUAUCUUAUGCUCAAAUUAUCUGCCAUGACAUGGGUACGAUUUGGUGUUUGGAUGUUGAUAGGCUUCACCAUAUACUUCACCUGUUUGAUUUUGUAUGAGUCAUCAGAGAAGAGAUUGUCGACUGCCUCAUCUGUACUGUCAACUAAUUCAAAGGAUCCCCUGACUAAUAACAUAUCCCAAUCCAAUGAGGAUAUAAAUUUAAUUGAUCAUGAAAACCAUAAUAAACACAAAUAUACGUCUUAAAAUUCAGCAUUCCUUUUUUUCUAUUGUGUACAGUAUUCAAAUAUGUAUUUUAAAUUGCAUAUUAUUUUUGUGACCUAAUCUAAGAAAAUGAGAUAGAUAAAAAAAA